AUGGCCAUUGUCCAUAGCGAGUAUGUCACCGUCCACGUACUCAAGCAGGAUGGAUUACAGGAUCCCAAACACCUUUCCAUUGAGGAAUUUAUCAAUGGAGGACUAAAAGAAUUUCGGGGAAAAGAUGAGAUCAAGCUAUGUUGGUUACACAUCCCUGUGAACCAUGUGGCGUGGGCUGAGCGAUGCAUACAGAGUUGGUGUGAUGCAAUGGAAGGGGACAGUAUGGAGGAUCUGAGACUCAAGCAACGCCCGUCUUUGCCUGAACAUGCAAGUAUACCCUGGCACGCACGGCACAUGGAACCCUCAUGCAGUGCAAGCAAAGAAGCGAGGGGGGUUGGGGAGAAAAACAACGAGUAUGAAAGUCACGCGGCGCAGACGAGCCAAGUCAACGACAAUCCGAAACAGCGACCAUUACUUACACUCCUCGUGCCUUACAUGAACUGGGAGACAUAUGGAAACUUUUGUUCCCUGCAUUCUAGCUAUCAAGACUCUCUAGGCUCUACGAGGACCACAGAAUCGGCAACUAGAAGCAGGAGACAGACUGGAGAACGGACUUUAGCCCAGUCUCUGAGUGAUGAUGAAAAGUCGCUGCACCCAAGGCGAACCCUAGAUCAGUUUUAUUACCCUUCUUUGAGGGAUACGGCCAGCAGGGACCGAGACCAAACUAUCUCGAAAUGGACUAGUGAUAGUUCCCAUGGAGAAGACAGCCGACACGAUGUCACAAACGAUAGUCGGAUGAUCAUGGUUGACCAACUGUGGUGCUGGGUGCUCGACCACAAAACUAUGCUGUCAUGCUUUCCUUCAGGGGAUUUGCAGUAUACCUCCAACGGCGAGUUUAUUGACCUCUACACCGGCAUACAACAUAAAUGGUUCAAACACAACAAUAUUUGGGACGCAUAUAGUACUGUCAUAAAAGAGACGUUCACCUGUCUCUUCUGCCAGGAAAACAAAAGGUUCAUCGACCUUGUUGAAAUCUAUCGAUGGGUUAUUAGUGAAAAGGCCGCCAAGCAAACCACGUUUUUCCAAAGCUUUAGUUCAGCUCGCGAAGUAGGGGAGCUUAGCUCUGAGCAUCUCAACGGCCAUCAGGAGCUUGCCCUUGUUCUCGAGAUAGCUGAUAUUAUUGAUGAGCUCAAUAUGAUGCGCCACCUCAUCCAGAAGCAAAGAGAAGUAUUGAAGUCUCUUAUUAUGGCUUUGAGAAAACUCAACCCUACAUCAGACUCAAACACAGACCGGACAGGCUUGACAUUAUCGAUACAGUCAAAUACAGUCGCUGGACGUGGCCAAAUGAACGUUUUGGUCAACCACCAUGAAGGGCUAACAGAUCUGGCGGAAUCGAUAAAAAUCUUGGCCCAAGGAAUCUCGGGCAGGUCUAGAGAUAUCGUUAUUUCUACCGAUGAUGACGUUCUCACCAUCACUGCCGAAUUGAGUAUCCUGAAGAGCGACGCUGAAUAUAACCACAAGAUGCUUCUUGAUUUACUCAAUCUCAUGCAGACCGCGGCUGCUCUUGCUGAAGCUCGGUCAACAACUCAACAGGGCCGAGCUAUUAUGCUUUUUACUAUUGUAACCAUCGUCUUUCUCCCGUUGUCUUUCUUUACAUCAUACUUCGGGCAAAACAUCUUCGAGAUAACUGGCGAUGAGAACAACCCUCAUGCUUGGGACUUAUGGCGAUAUGGCAGUAAGCAUAUAACAUAUCACUCCAGAUGA